GUGAGGCGGCCUGCUGCCGCCAAGCCCGUGAGCCCCACCGAGUUUCUACAGGACAUUGUGAGGGGGACUUGCCUUGCUCCUCAACUUUUUUCUGCCGGUCACAACGUCAACCCACAGCACGUGCCCGAUCACCACCAAAACAACCAUGGCCGACGAUGGCAUGCUCCUCAAUUUCGAACUUGGUGACGGGCCAUUGAAUAAACAAGUCAAGUUUAAAGGCGGCCGCUGGAGAGAUCGGCUCAAGGCGCAGAGGAGUGCAAAACAUGCGCAGCAAAAUGGCACUUCAUCAGCCCCGUCAAGACGCCCACCAACCGGCGACGACGACUCGACUAGACCAACGAAAAGGCAGAGGGUAGAGGACGGCGAGUCAGCUAGACAUGCAAAGGUGCCAAAGACGGGUGAUGGAAGCUCUUGGACACCCAGCCAUGCCAUGAAGACGGGACAGAUCACGUCGAGCCUCUUUACGUCGAACCCUGCGCCUGUCACGGCCUUCAACGAACAACCGGCCGAGGAAACCGAGCCCGCAAAGCCAUCAAAUGCACCGCUGUCCGAAGAGGCUGAAAAUUUCCACAGUCUGGGUCUAUCUCGUCGGGUUGCCCAGCAUCUGACAACAAAGCUCGAGAUGAAGGCGCCGACAGCGAUACAGAAGAACACAAUCCCACAGUUGAUAAAAGAGGACAGUGAUGCAUUUCUGCAGGCCGAAACUGGCUCGGGGAAAACACUCGCUUAUCUGUUACCAAUUGUUCACCGUAUAAUGGCUCUGAGCCUGAAUGAGGACGGAACUGCCAAGGAAACCAAGGUGCACCGGAACUCUGGCCUCUUUGCAAUCAUUCUAGCCCCCACCCGUGAGCUGUGCAAGCAGAUUGCUGUUGUCUUGGAGAAGGUGCUGCGUUGCGCGCCAUGGCUCGUCUGCACCACCGUCAUCGGAGGCGAGAGCAAGAAGUCAGAAAAGGCCCGGAUACGUAAAGGAGUCAACAUCCUGAUCGCGACCCCUGGUCGAUUGACAGAUCACCUGGACCACACGAAAGUACUCGACGUCGGCACGGUCCGAUGGCUGGUGCUAGACGAGGGCGAUCGGAUGAUGGAGAUGGGUUUCGAGGAGGAUAUUCGGACAAUAGUCGGGAAGAUCAGGGCGGACAAACUACAGAAACGAAAUUCUGAGGGCGUUGUACUGGAUGGCAUCCUCCCCUCCCGCAGGGUCACUGUUCUAUGCUCAGCAACCAUGAAGAUGAACGUGCAGAGGUUGGGCGAGAUUAGCUUGGAGGAUGCCGUCCACAUAACAGCGUCCAAGUCCGAGAUGGAGAAAGACGCCGCCGCGGGCAAUCAGGCCGCGUUCACCGCUCCCUCGCAGCUGAAACAGUCUUGCAUCAUUGUGCCGGCCAAGUUACGCUUGGUUACGCUAGUAGCUCUACUGAAGUCAACUUUUGCGAGACGGGGCUCGGUAAUGAAGGCCAUCAUCUUCAUUUCGUGCGCCGAUUCCGUCGACUUUCACUACGAACUACUCAGGGACACCGAGGUCCUCGAACUACCCACCCCCGAGUCAUCGCCUACCAAGGCAGGUGCCAGCAACCAUACAGCAUCGACUGUAGCUCCAGCCGCCUACGUAACCUCGCCAGCAAACCCAAGGGUCAUUCUCCACAAGCUCCACGGCUCCCUGGCACAACCGGUGCGCUCCUCCACCUUAAACGCCUUCGCUAAGUGCAAAGACCCAGCAGUCCUCAUUACUACAGACAUCGCCUCCCGCGGCCUUGAUGUUCCCGCUGUCGAUCUCGUGAUAGAGUACGACCCAGCGUUUGCGGUCCCCGACCAUGUGCACCGCAUCGGUCGGACAGCCCGCGCCGGUCGCUCUGGUAAAGCAGUCCUCUUUCUUCUCCCUGGCUGCGAAGAAGGUUACACUGCAAUCCUCCCAGCGUCGACCCCAAUCACGCCGCAACUCUACGAAUCCGUAUUGCAAAAAGGCCUCAUCACAACGGUCAACCUCCCCUCGGGACACACCACACCUGAAUCCACGCAAAAGCAAACCUGGACGUCACGCGCCGAGGCGCUGCAAUUGCACUUUGAACAGCGGCUGCUCGCCCCGCUUCAAUCUAGCGCGCAAGAGGACGGCGCGGAGGAGACGCCGCGGAAAUCCAAGCCGAAGGGCAAAAGCGGCAGCUGGCCGUCAAAGGCUACAAAACCAAAGGACAACCCCCUUCUUGAUUCCGCCAGGCAAGCAUUCCGCUCCCAUAUACGCGCAUAUGCGACACAUGUGCGCGAGGAGCGGGUCUACUUUGACAUCACCCAACUGCAUCUGGGACACAUGGCAAAAGCCUUUGGACUGCGUGAGGCGCCGGGGGGAAUUGGAGGGGGUGUUUCAAGACGGGUGCACAAGCCUGCUGCAGCCACUAAUAGUGCGAGCAAGGGUGGCCAAAAGGGGGGCAAAGCUGGCGGGAUGGGUAAGGACGAUGACGAUGAGGUGGGUGUGGUGGAUGAUGACGCUGCACGGAGAAUGAAGGAGAAGAUGAUGAUGGUCAUGAACGCUUCGAGCGAGUUCAAUAUUGGAUGAUUAUUGUAGGUGCGCAUGCUGGUUUUUUGGUCCCAGACGACGCCGUCAGACAAGAACAGCCAUGCCCAUCGCAUUCCGACCCGCCACGCCACCCAGUC